AUGUUUUGCGCAAUCUCCGGUGAAGCGCCGCAAGAGCCAGUCAUCUCUAAAGUGAGCGGUAGCAUAUUUGAGCGUCGCCUACUCGAAGCCUAUGUCACAGAGCACGGUACAGACCCAACCACAGGCGAGGAGAUGCAAAUUGAGCAAGACAUCCUACCUGUUCGUGUUCCUAGUAUUGCUGCACCGCGUCCACCGAGUGCUUCCUCCAUUCCUGCACUAUUAAGCCUUUUCCAAACGGAAUGGGAUAGUCUUGCAUUGGAGACGUAUGGCCUCAAGCAAUCACUUCAUCAGACGCGACAAGAACUCAGUACGGCUUUGUAUCAACAUGAUGCUGCGUGUCGCGUCAUUGCACGCUUGACGAAGGAAAGAGAUGAAGCUCGGCACGCAUUGGCGGAGGUGUCGCAGAAUUUGGGAACAACGAAUGGUGCAGCUGCCGCGGACGAGGCUAUGGAAGAUGUCGAAGAAGCAAAUGGCAGUGCAGAACAACAAGCAGAGUCAGAAGAUGCAGUACCAGCCGAGAUACGGAGUGUCGUGGAAGCCUACCAAGAAAAGGCCAGUGCUGGUCGAAAGAAGCGCAAGGUGCCUGACGAUUGGACAACAGCCGAAGCUCUCAAAGAAGCAGCGGAAGCGCCUGUGGAUGAAGUGGCCAAAGCAUGUCUGGUCGUGCCUGCACUUGCGGCCGCCAUCAACAAGUUUGGCCGUGCCAAAAAUGGUCGCAAGAAGGUUGCUUUGCAUCCUACAGAGGACUUUUUGGUCGCCGCCAAAGCAGACAAGUUCUUACUGCUUAAAAGUGAAGAUUUGACGGAGGUCUUUUCUGCAAAAGUGCCAUCACCGAUUCUAUGUGCAACAUUCCACCCAGACGGUCAUCUCCUCGGACUAGGCUGUAAAGAUGGCAACGUCUACAUUUAUCAUCUCUUGUCAUCAACCAUCGAGGCAACCUUUGGUCCGACAGCAGGCCCCGUAACGAGCUUAGCGUUCGCAGAGAAUGGCUUCUGGCUCGCUGUGACAUGUGCAAAGGAGAAAGACGCAUCACUGUGGCAUCUCGGCAAAGGCACAGCCAUCAUGCAGAUUCCUGGCGUCGAUGCAGCACAGGCGGUAUCAUUUGAUGGGAGUGCGCAGUUCAUGGCUGUUGCGGGACACAAGGGACUCAAAAUGCUUGCGUACAAGAAGCCUGAAAAGACGUGGGAGGCGGUGUUUGAACAGUCUGGGCAUUUCGAGGAUGUCGCUUGGGAGGGACAAGGCAAAGGCGUGGUGGUGGAGAGCAAGCAAGGGUUUGCACGCUAUGGUAUCUAG